AUGACCUCUUUUGAAGAAAGCGAAACGGAAGAAACAGUAACGUGUCUCCACAUGACCUUUUACCAUCCUUGCCAAAAAGACAAGAUGAUGUUUCGUUGCUUGAAUUUCCAUAGGCGAGAACAGGUCAGGGCAGAUGAAAUGGCCAAGUUUGGCCGCGAUUCUAAUGUCUGCCAUUAUAACUUAAUGGAUACUCGUGUUUCUCGGAUUCAGUUUUCACUGCAGUUUUACAGGAGACUGAACAGCUCAGAAUUUUGUUUUGAGAUCAAGAACAUGAGCAAGAAAACUAAACUGAUUGUGGGCCAAACAGAACUGGGUUACUUAAACAAAAUCGACCUGCCGUGGAAGUGCAUCAUUUGUUUUGGGGACUACCAGAUCUUAGCAGAGGUUCAAGAAGGGGAGUCCAUGGAUUAUUUUGAGACUGACUUACGCCUGGCCGAAGAGCCAAUCGUACAAGAAAGAUGCCAGCCAUCACUGCCACCUAUACCGGAGAACUGCAUUUCUUCUUCCUUGUUUCCUUCCCAAGGCAACAGCCCCAUGGAGACUGAUGAAAACGAGUCAUGCUAG